AUGACCGUCUCCCUGGAGAUCUUGGGACUUGAUGUCCUUGACUUAGUCUGUGAAUGCCUCAACACACGCAGCCUGCGCGCAUUCGCGUUGGUGAGCAAGCUCUGCUACGCUGCAACGAUGAGACAUCGGUUCAACAGCAUCGAACUCACGGUGAAAAGCAGAGAGACGCUGCGUCGCGAUCUAGAGCGAUGGCACGACAUCCUCGCAGUCGGAGGCCGCUCUAGCUACGUGCGCCGCCUCAAGGUGAUGGGCUGCGCACCAACAGAGCAAAGCGAAGCUCAAACGAACAGUUUAAAGGGAGAGGAUGAACUAGACCCAUACUAUGGAUAUGACUUUGAUCCUAGGACGACCCUCACUCCAUUCUAUGCAGGCAGCCCGUGUUUGACAGAAGAGCAGAAUGAAGCCAUGCUACCACUCGCCCGGUUUAUCCAAGGUCUCUCAGGACUUAGAGAUCUAAUAUACGCCUCCAUCGACCAAAUUCCACUCUGUAUACUCUCAAUAGUACACCAGUAUCGCCCAAACUGUCGCCUCCACAUGGAUACCUUCAGCCUCCGCAGCCUAUACCAGUUCAAGUCUAAUCUUCAUGAUAUCAGCCUGGAUGAUAUUGCCGCACAAUACUAUCACUACGAUAGCGAAGGGAGGGUAGCCUACAAUAAGGAUGCAAUAUUACAGAUGGUGAUUGGGCUAGCGCCUAAUUUGAAGCAUGUGCGGAUGUGGCAUCACUAUCCAGGGGAUUCACUAAAUCUUAGGAGUGCAAUAAGCACCCCAAGACCAGCUUGGCCAGGCUUCUUUUUAAAUCAGCCAAACAAUAUCAGCGCGUCUAUUAAGCAUUCUAUCGGCUGCCUUCAAAGCCUAACCCUCGGGGCUGGUCUAGUCUCUUCCAGUGAGCUUAUUAUGUGGAGUAAUUGUACAGAAUUCUCUAAGUUACAAGAACUUCGGCUACAAGAUUGUUCCUCCGCUGAAGAGCUUCAGACUCUGACCCAAAUGGCUAGAGAGGGGAGAUUUAAUUGCCUCCAUACCUUAGAUCUAGUAGUAUCGGUCACCGAUGGGGAUGACGAUAUAGAUGAGGCUACAAGUAUAUUUCUACAGAACUUGCCUCCCCUUGAGAACCUGGGGUUAAAUGGAGACAUCGGGGCCAGUACUUUCAACACCCUUCUACAUAGGCACGGCAAUACAUUACUCAAGCUUCGAUUUAUACCAAACCGGGGAGAAGCAGAUACAUUCUUUAUCUCAUGUCACCGCAUGCAGGAGAUUCGACAGCAGUGCCCAAACCUCAAGGAGGUGGAGUUGCUUAUACCACGUACCAGAGGCGAUAGUCAUGAAGUUGAUAUCUACCGCGCUCUAGGAAGCAUGGCGAGGCUAGAGCAAGCCUGUUUGGUACUUGAUUGCUCCUCUCUUGCCUUCAAGAGGAAUAAUCUUUCGGAUAUAAAUGACCUUGAUGAUGGACAAACAAUAUACCUAGAUAACGGGAUAACUAUCUCCUCGAAAGACUUCCGCAUAGUCCUUAUAAACACUGCGUUUGACUCGUCUCUGGCCCUUUCUAUCUUCCGCACAAUACAUUCUACCAAGGGCUCGUUAUUUCAAUACCUUAAAUUGAUGCCCAUGGGAGGGGGUGAAUUUGGUCAAAGAAAUGAUUAUAUGGAUCUUGAGGAUAUUAUAUGCUGGUUUGGGCGACACUGGAUUUGCGAGAUAGGCCAAAAGGAUGACUACACCGAGGAUAUUAUGCUAACAGAGAUGGGAGAGGCUCAAAGGAUACAAACUGGAGAGGACCUUAGUUGGGAGAUGGAACGGGAUGACGAGCAGACUCGAUUUUAUAAACAUGUUUGGAGAAGCCUUUGGCCUGACGCAGAAGGGAUAGAUGACUGGUCGAGUUUUCCUCUUCAGAGAAACUGA